GCGCAGGUAAAGCCUCAUCCAUCCUCUAUCCGGGUCCAUCCUGGUCUGGUCCAGUCUGGUCUGGAGUCCACCAUGGACCCGGUGGCCUUCGUGGGCAGCUGUUUGCCUCUGUUCGUGCUCGCGCUGCUCAGUGACGUCAUCGGCCUGGUCCUCCUGUUCGUGGGGAUCUUCGCCAACCUGCGCGUGGACGGACGCUUCUACGGGGACUUCUUCAUCUACACCGGGUCCAUCAUCAUCUUCUUCAGCCUGGGCUUCUGGCUCCUCUGGUACCUGGGCAAUGUUCCGGUCCAGGAGCAGGAGGACGGGUCCGGGUCCAAGAAGAGCCACAGCCUCGUGCGUCUGGCGCGGAAGAUCUCCGACCGGCUGAGCAGGUUCGGGUCCGGGUCCGGGUCCGGGGUCUGGGUCAAGUACGCACCAGGGGGGGACGAACCGAGCCGGACCGGGACCCCGCAGACCCCCUCCCCGUCCAAACAGGGCAAGGUCACGUGGGGGAAGAACACCGCGUACACCAACAAGGGCUACGAGGAGGACCCGGACCCCCCCAGCAAGGACCAGGACCGGGACCAGGACCAGGACCAGGACCGGGACCGGGACCAGGACCAGGACCAGGACCAGGAGGAGAAAAGUGACUCCAUAUGACGCAUGACCCGGUACCUGCAGAAAAACACCAGAAACACAACAACAGGGACCUGGACCUGGACCUGGACCCAGGAUCAGGUUUUAGUGAUUCAAUCAAAAAAAAAAUCAGACAUAUGUUGAGUUUUCUGUAAAAAUAGAGCUUCAAACCUCCAGAAAUGACACUAGAAUGUCUCCAGAUCAGAUGUUCUUCAUGUAUCUUAUUUAUUCCAUUUUAUUUCAUUAUGUCUGCAUGGAUACAUGCAUGAGGUACACAUACUUUCUGCAUUAUUUUCCUGUUUUAUGGCUGAAUAUUGAACUGGAUUCUGCAGAAAAACACCAGAAACUUAAAAAACAGACUUGGAUCAGGUUUUAUUUAUUUUGCAGCUUUUUAUGCAACUACAAACCAGAUGUACUUUAAUUUUUUUUUUCCUGUAAAAAUAGAGCCUCAAACCUCCAUAAAUGACAGUAAAAUGUAUCCAGGUCAGAUGUUAUUCUUUAAUCUUAUUUAUUCCACUUUAUUUUAUUAUUUCUACAUGGAUACAUGCAUGAGUUGCACAUAUUUUCUGCAUUAUUGCCCUGUUUUUUGACUGAAUAUUGAACUAGUUUCUGCAGAAAAACAGAUAACAGAUGUGGAUCAGGUUUUAAUGAUUCUGCAGCUUUUUAUGCAACAAAAAUGAAAAUACAAAUCAGAUUAUACGUACAUUUUUUUCUGCACAAAUGUCUCAAAAUUGCCUCCAAAUCAAGUCUUAUAUGCUUAUUUAUUAUAUUUUAUUUAAUUGUGUCUGCAUAGAUACAGGCCUAAGUUGCACAUUUUUUCUGCAUUGCUUUCCUGUUUGUUUUUUGGGGGUGAAUAUUGAACUGGAUACUGCAGAAAAAAGAGAGACUUGGAUCAGGUUUUAUUGAUUCUGCAGCUUUUUAUGCAACAAAAACGAGACUAAAAAUCAGAUUAAAUGUUGAUUUUUCCUGCACAAAUGUCCCAAAAAUUGCCUCUAAAUCAAGUCUUAUGCUACAUGCUUAUUUAUUAUAUUUUAUUUUAUUAUGUCUGCAUGGAUACAUGCAUAAAUUGCACAUUUUCUGCAUUAUUUUGCUGUUUUAUGGCUGAAUAUUGAACUGGUUUCUGCAGAAAAACACCAGAAAUUAAAAAAAAAAAAAAAAAAAGAGAGAGAGAGACUUGGAUCAGGUUUUAUUUAUUCUGCAGCUUUUUAUGCAA